AUCUAUCGUCAGUGAGCAAUGUCAUAUCGUAUCCGUAUAGAAUCGGAACAAACCUCUCGUCUACCGUCCUUGAAAUAACCGUAAAAUUAAACAUUACAGGUGUCCCUGGUAGGUCAGACGCACGUGUCUAAGCGACAAGCAGUGAUUCGACGCGCUGCAAGCUGAGCCUGAUGGUCGGUGCAUCAAUCGCUGCGAUAUUUUAACCUCUCGAUACUCUUUGUCUUGCUUCUCUUGACGACAUCAGGCAAAACAACAAGUAACUCGGUUUACAACAAUGGCUAUUCGUCGCUGGGGAGGUUGGAGGCCCGACAAUUUGGCUCGGGGAUUGGCCAACACAUUCCGUACCAAUUAUCAUCUUGGAUUCACUGCAUUUGGUGGACCGCCCGUUCAUUUCAAGAUUUUUCAUGAUAAAUUCGUUCGAGAGUUGCAAUGGAUCGACGAACAGACAUAUCAAGAAUUGUUCAGUGUCUGCCAGGCCACCUCUGGCCCAGCCAGCACAAAGAUGCAUUACUGCAUCAACCUCAUCCAUGAUGGCUUCCUUUCCGCCCUGCUGGGUUUUCUCAUCUGGAGCUUGCCCGGAGCCUUGGGAAUGUAUGGCCUCUCCAUUGGUGUCUCCAACAUUGGGGACUCGCUUCCACGCAUCGCCUACGCUCUCCUAUCUGGUCUCAACGCCUCGACCGUCGGCAUCAUCGCUGUGGCCGCCGUUCAGCUGUCGGAAAAGGCCAUCACCGACAAAAUCACCCACAUACUAGUCUUUUUGGGCGCCGCCGCAGGCAUCAUGUAUAAUGCCCUUUGGUACUUUCCCCUCCUGAUAGUCCUGGGCGGCUUCGCAACGAUUAUCCAUGAUUACCGGUGGCUUCACGGGCCCAUCAAAGCCGCGGUGGGGGUGUUUAAAAAGCCCCGGAGACGCGUGCAAGAGCCCGAGUCUGUUAACCUCCCAGAGGCUCAACGGGUUGAACAAGACGCCGAAAGCACUGCGUCCGUCUCAGGCCCCGCAAGAGAGCGACAGACAAGGCCAGCCAGUGCCGAAUCCCUACCCGUCACUGAAGACGGGCGGCUGCAGACAGAGACGGAGCCAAGGACCAUCCCACAGGACCACGUGCUUAACUUCUCGUGGACCUUUGGCCUCGGCAUAAUCAUCGCCUUCAUGCUGACUUUUAUCGUCGUCAUGGUCCUGCGCGGCGUCCUCCCCGAUAAACCACUCCUUUUCAGUCUCUUUGGAAACCUGUACCUGGCCGGAACCAUUAUUUUCGGCGGCGGUCCCGUUGUUAUUCCACUGCUACGCGAAUACGUCGUUGCCGAAGGUUGGGUGAGCCCCCGCGACUUUCUCAUCGGUCUUGCAAUCCAGCAGAGCUUCCCAGGACCCAACUUCAACUUUGCCGUCUACCUAGGCGCCUUGACGGCCGUCAACGGGGGUUAUUCAUCAGCUGCCGGCGGCGCAAUCGGGUUCUUGGGUAUAUUCAUUCCGGGCUUGAUGAUUGUCCACGCAACUAUGGGAAUAUGGACCGCGAUCCGUGGUAUCAGGUGGGUCAAGUCGAUGAUCAGAGGCGUCAACGCUGCUGCUGUCGGGUUGGUCUAUACUGCAGUCUACCGUCUGUGGCAAAUUGGUUACAUUGAUCAGGGUUUCCAACAAGGUACAAACCUCGGGCAGGAGGCGUGGUGGGUAGUGGUGACGGCAUCCAGCUUCGUCUUUGGCUACUCCUUUGGCGUGGAUCCUCCCAUCGUUAUUAUUAUGGGAGCCUUGAUGGGUCUGGUGUGGUACGGUGUUGUGAAUGCAUGAUCGGGGGCGAAUGCAUGAUCGAUGUACAAAUGCAUGAUCGAUGUACAACGAAUACAUCUUUGGUAUAAAUGUCAUACAUAGCAGAUCAGUCAAGUAGCUGCCUGUCCGGCUGCACUAGAAAAAUCGCCUCCCAACCAUUCGGUCGAAUACCACGACUGCGAAUCCAUACCAAACUGAUCCAUGUUAAAGUCCAAACCAUCAAACGGUCCAUCAAAGGCGUUACUGGGAUGUAGAGACGCCACAGAUGGCGAUUUGGGCUCAUCCGCUGUGGCCGUCGCUGUUGCAGGCGCAGUCGCUGGCUGGUCCAACUGUGCCAAAGGUGGUUCUGUGGCGGCUUGAAAAGGCGUCCCUGUAACGGCAGUUUGUGGGAAUGUCUGCCCACCGUUGGGAAGAGACGCUGCAAUUGGUGACUGAUAUUGCACCGUGUUCAUUGUGUUUGAUAGUAUGUUUUGGGUGAGGAGACUCGGGACUGGAUUUCGUGCUCCUCCCAUGGGGAUUUCAGGCGAGUCCGGUAUACUAGGGGCCAAAUCGCUUGGAAUACCCGUUGCAAGCAGUCUCUCAAGAUCUGCACGGAUUCCCAUGGCCGCUGGUGCUGUAAUGGUUUGCUUCAGUACCCGAAGACAUACAUUUCCCAUUUCUUGUACGCUCUCGGUAGUGAUUCCAAACUCGACACCACUAGUAUGCAGACUCAGGUAUAGCAUCCGCGCGCACUGAUACAAACAGACGGGAAGGUCCAUAUCCGUGACUGGAACUCCAUCCAGCGUCAACAGGAGACUAAACAUGUCUGCCAUUGCUCUGGCGUGUUCAAAGAUCUGGCGGCGACAGAUACCAGCAAACCCAGGGUGACUAGCCUCGAUUCGUGCCAUGAUAGUCUGCGGCAAAGCGUCUCGUGAUACUCCCGAGUGAGCCGCAACACGAUAUAGGUCAAUGUGACAUUGUUCCCACAAUAAAUGUGUCAUGACGAAUACACAAAGCCGCGGGGAGUAUGCUCGCAACCGUACGUUGGCCUCGGACCAAUUGAAAGAGACUGGUAGUCGAGAUGCAAAGGCGCCAAGUUGUGAUUCCAGUUCGGCAAACCGUGCUGGAAGAUUUGCUAUUUGUUCUGGAGUUGGGCUUCCAUGUAUCAUAUUCUUGGUGUAUUGUAAUAUUCGGCUCCGUAGCAGACAGACGCGUAUGUGCAGAGCAAGAAAGCCAAUAUCGUCCGUCAUGGGUGGGAUGACACCAUCAGGACCGGGAGCUGGUUGUUCAAGGGGUUCUGUGACCUCGGGGAGAUCAAAGUCAAAGUUGCGUUCAUUGCAGGGGAGCUGGAUUCGGAUGUUUGACGGUGCUUUGUUCUCCCAAAGGCCAAAAUCUGGAUGUCCAGCAGCGAUACCUGUGUCUAUCAUGUACACAGCCCACAUCAGGCGCCGACGGGACUCUUGAGCGAGGAAGCAAAGUCGCGGGUUCUCGUGAUUAAGCCGUAGAGCAACUGCGAAUCUAGAAGCAACCGCAUGUAGCAUGAAUGCCGAAGGGAACCUGCGCAUCAAGAUCCUAUGUUUGAUGAUGAGCACUAGCGUCUGUAGCUUGAGAGUUGAUGGCUUCUCCAACUCUCCAAGAACCGUAGUUUCGGCCUCGUCGAUACACCUAACCCCAAAGUCGCGCGUGCCGCUCCCCAAGUCAGUCAGUAAUGAAGUGAUGCCAAUGAGUGCGAGUAGUAACCCUCGAUCUAUGAGCCCAGAGUGAUAUCGUUGCAUCAGAGAGGCACGAUGCAGAAAGGAAAAUACGGGUAUGUGAUGAAUAUGUCGAAAAAAUUGUUCAAAGGCUCGUGGUGCAAUCGACUCCAGUACUGCGUCCUCAUCCUCUGUUGCUGCAGCUUGACCAAAGUUACUUGGACUGGUCACGCUAGUUACGUCUCGAUCUGAUGAAUGACUCCGGCUGUGGACAGAGACACGAUCGUCUCGAGCAGGCCCAUUGCCACUACCAGGCCUAUCUGGAGUGGUUGAUGUAGGUGCCGUAGACUCG